AUGGCGUCCGACUUGACAAACCAGAUUUUGGACGCCCUGUCCGCUGCGAUCGACCGCCUUGAGUCGCGCCAGAUGGUCCAGUAUGAGACCUUGGAGAAGGAAAUCGUUACUCUCACUGCCGAGGGCCAGGAGAUUGCCGCCAAUGGCAGUCACGAGGCCAAGGUCUUCGCCGUGGUGCUUGCCGCUAUGGACGGAUUGAAGAUCUCCGACUUGCCAGGAAUUGUGGGCAAGGAGAACGCUAAAGUUGGCCAAGGAAACGCCUUCAAGCGUGGCUGGAUUAAGAAGGACAAGGAUUUGCUGCGGGCAUCCGCAGACUCAAUCGUCGAUGAGACGCAACAACAACUGCUUGCAGUUCAAAAAACAAAGACUCUGGACGAUAAGAAGGUUGUGGCUGACCUCAAGCGGAGAAAGUUGAUCGGUCUUGCAAAGGAGCUUGCUUUCAAGAUCACCAAGGGUCCCAAGUACGCCCGAGAAUUCGUCAAGGAGCAGACCGACCUCACCCCGGAGAUGAUCGCCAAUGGCUCGUGGAAGACGGCGCAUCUCAAGCCUUACAACUUCAAUGCUAAGGGUGCCCCGACUCCAUCUGGCACUCUACACCCGCUGAACAAGGUGCGCCAAGAGUUCCGCAACAUCUUCUUCGACAUGGGCUUCGAGGAGAUGCCGACCAACCGCUUCGUCGAGACCGGCUUCUGGAACUUCGACGCCCUGUUCGUGCCCCAGCAACACCCUGCCCGUGAUCUCCAGGAUACCUUCUACAUCUCCGAUCCCGCCGCCGACAAUCCGCUCGACUACAAGAAGUACUGGGACAACGUCCGCGAGGUCCACGAGCACGGGAAGUUCGGCUCCAUUGGCUACCGCUACCCCUGGAGCGCGGAUGAGUCGCUCCGCCUGGUGCUCCGCACCCACACCACCUCCAUCUCGACCUACAUGCUGCACAAGCUGGCCGCCAACCCCCGGCCGGCCCGCUUCUUCAGUAUUGACCGUGUCUUCCGAAAUGAGUCCGUCGACGCUACCCACCUGGCAGAGUUCCACCAGGUCGAGGGUGUCAUUGCUGACUUCGGUCUCACUCUUGGUGGUCUGAUUGGAUUCAUGGAAGUCUUCUUCGCCAAGAUGGGCAUCCACAAGCUGCGCUUCAAGCCCGCCUACAACCCCUACACCGAGCCCAGUAUGGAGAUCUUCGGCUACCACGAUGGUCUAGGCAAGUGGGUUGAGAUCGGUAACAGUGGCAUGUUCCGCCCAGAGAUGCUGGAGUCUAUGGGUCUGCCUAAGGACUUGAGAGUCUACGGAUGGGGAUUGAGUCUGGAGAGACCUACUAUGAUCAAGUACGGCGUCAGCAACAUCCGUGAGCUGCUCGGUCACAAGGUCGACCUGCACUUCAUUGAGACCAACCCGGCCGUUCGUCUCGAGAAGGAUUAAACAGGGGAA